CUCAAUUUAGCCCCACCCUCUAAGUAUUACUCAACUAACACUGAUUCAAGAAGCUACAGCAGCAACCUCAAGAAAACAAGAGAAGAAAACUGUGUAAAGGAAGCAAAACGCUUUUUGAAAUGUUAUGGUUUUUAAAUCUUCAUUCGUCUUGUCAAAAAUAAGAUAUCAAAGAUGUUCGCAGAGAUGUCCUCCUCCUCCUCCUCCUCUUCAGCGUUGGAGACUGAGAUCUUCCAGUACAUUGACCUGCAUCAAAGUGGCUUUGUUGAGAACCUUGAGGAAUGGGUGGCUGUGGAAAGCGAUUCUGUUCAACCAGAUCUCAGGAAAGAAGUAAUACGAAUGAUGGCAUUAGCAGCUGACAGACUUAAAGCAUUGGGAGCCACUGUUAAUUCAGUAAACCUGGGGUCGCAUCAGUUGCCUGAUGGCCAGAACCUCCCGCUGCCUCCUGUCAUUCUUGCAGAACUGGGCAAGGAUCCACAAAAGCCCACAGUAUGUUUCUAUGGCCACGUGGAUGUGCAGCCCGCCAAAAAAGAUGAUGGGUGGAAAACUGACCCUUACACACUGACUGAAAUCAAUGGAAAUCUCUAUGGGCGUGGAGCAACAGAUAAUAAAGGACCUGUCUUAGCCUGGAUGAAUGCAGUGGAAACAUUCAUAGCCUUGAAAUUAGCUAUGCCAGUAAACUUCAAGUUUGUUAUUGAAGGUAUGGAAGAAGCAGGGUCUUUGGGGCUAGAACAGUUACUUGAAGAAGAAAAACAGUACUUUUUUGCUGAUGUUGAUUAUGUUGUGAUUUCGGACAACCUUUGGCUCAGCAACAGGAAACCUGCCCUUACCUACGGGACACGGGGAAAUGCCUGUUUCUUUGUGCAGGUUGAAAGCGGUGACAAGGACCUUCACUCUGGCACUUUUGGAGGCAUCAUUCACGAGCCAAUGACGGACCUGAUCGCUCUGCUGGACAGCCUUGUGGAUCCCACAGGUUAUAUUCGGAUCCCUGGAAUCUAUGAUGGUGUUGCUGCCCUGACAGAGGAGGAGAAAAAAUUGUAUGAAUCGAUUGAAUUUGAUCUAGAGGAACAUAAAAAUAAUAGUGGAGUGAAGAAAUUCCUCUAUGACAACAAGGAAGAAAUACUUUUACAUCUCUGGCGUUAUCCUUCUCUCUCUAUUCAUGGGAUUGAAGGAGCUUUUCAUGAACCAGGAAUUAAAACAGUCAUUCCGGCAAAAGUCAUAGGCAAAUUUUCAAUCCGUCAAGUCCCCCAUAUGGACCUUUCGGUUGUUAAACAACAGGUCGUGGAGUACUUGGAGAAUGUAUUUUCCAAGAGGAAGAGCCCAAACAAACUGAAAGUGUCUAUGCCCUUGGGUGCAAAGCCCUGGGUUGCUGACAUUAAUGAUCCACUAUAUAUAGCAGCGAAAAGGGCAGUAAGAACAGUUUUUAGAGAAGACCCGGACUUUAUUCGGGACGGUUCCACAGUUCCUAUUGCCAGAAUGUUUCAGACUAUAACGCAGAGAAGUGUGAUAAUGCUUCCAAUUGGAGCAGCUGAUGAUGGGGAGCACUCCCAGAAUGAGAAAAUAAGCAGAUACAACUACAUUGAAGGAACCAAAGUAUUUGCAGUCCUUUUCCUGGAGAUAUCAAAGCUGCACGGACAGUUACAAGAAGCUUCCAACACAAAGACUGACAACUGAAAGACCAUUGCAGGGCUAUUAGCAAAGCACUUUUUAAACCUUAAGCUUUCUAAUUUCCUGAUCUGGAAAAACAUAUGAAUCACACAGAAAUGCAUGCCUGAAUUUGUGGAAACAUUAAAUGCCAUGCUAUUACUUAGCAUGCUACGAAAUCAUAUGCAUUUGUUAUUCAGUCAAUCAAAUGACCUUAUUCCUAACACUAUAAAAUAAGAUUGGGGAUAAUUCAUUCUUUCACAGUGCUAUGUGCUAUUUUUUAGCUUUAAAAUUCAAGGAAAGGGAAAUUUUAUUUUUAUUUUAUUAAAAUUGCUUUAUUUCCUGUUUGGUAAUAUGGCCAGGUUCAUG